AUGGACGACUCUAUUUGGAACUAUUUAUGCAAACAGCCCACGCUCAAAGCUUCUUCUGAAAAGUAUGCACAGCUUGUUCACGAUUCAACAACACAACUCCAUCAAUCCCUUGAACCCAUCUUGUCAGCUCUGAAUCGACGCGCCAUUGGGUUGACAAAGUGCGCCAACUUUGAAUCUGCUCUUCACGAUGCCAGAGUUAUGCAACAGCUAUCGCCUUUUUCAGCACUUGGAUAUAUACGCGAAGCCGAGAUUUAUGGCGAACAAGGAAAACAGCUUGAAGCUAUUUGUGUAUGCAACAUUGGCCUGAGCAUGGCCGACACCAAGGAUACGCACUAUGAUACACUGCAACGUGCCAAAACGGAUGCUGAGCAACGCCAAAACACACGCAUCGACUUUAUUAGCCAACUACCACUGGACAUUGUUAUUACAACCCUCAUUCCCAUGUUUAUGGAUCCUUCUUAUAUCACCUUUUCGAGACACAACACUUGUUUGGGUGUAUCCACUAUAUGGCGCGAUCGCAUUUAUCGAUCUGUGGAUGAACUUUAUUUCGAUACUGCGCUUGAUGGGGCUGCCACGCCAUGCCACGUCAUUCAGCUUGCUCAUCAUCUCAAGGUAUUAAAGGUCGUAGAUGAUAAUCCUGGAACAUGGCUUUGUGAUGUACUGUGCAACAACAAGCUUUACUCGUUACGUGAGUUACAGAUUAAAGGCUCGUCAAUCGCUUGUGUGGAUGACAUGGUUUCAUCAUUAAAGUCAAUCGGCAACACUUUGACACAAUUAUGCUGGUACCCGGGAAGUGAGAUCGCAUUACCAAUACACGACAUUCUCCACAACUGCCCGAACCUGGUUUCACUCGACAUUAGCCAACAAUCUGUUUGCAAUUUCAACUCUCUUCCAACGACAUCAUGGCCCAAUAUAACGACAUUAUGCUUAGCUGAUGCACAAGAGACUGUUACAUCCGACACGGUGAUAGCGAUUAGCAAGCACUUUCCAUCACUCAAGACACUUUCGCUUCAGCCAUGUCUCGACCCACAAUUGACAAGUGUUGUUUUGGAUCACUACCCAUGGAUGAGGUGCGUUCACCAUAACGACGAUGAGGAACCAGCUGAUAGCAUCACCUACCUGGCGGAAGGACGGCAAUGUGAUGAUGUUGGGAUUACAGAGUUUUCUGUGAGAUUGUGUUUGCCGUUUGAUAAUCCUUGGACAAAUGCUACUCCUAUAUUAACGAAGCAACAAAGAACGCUCGAAUGUAUCGACUUUGAUGUGAAGGUUGGUGAUGAACCAGAGGAGAUCUACAACAUUGAAUACGAUCGAUUGAAGAAACUUUGUCUUAUUCGCUCUGGAUGGUGGAUACCACGCAACGCACCCAUGCUUGAGGAAUUGGAGAUAUCAUCCCGUACAAUCAGGGGUAACGCUUCAGUGCUUGAUACAAUCCCACCCAAGCUAAAGAGGCUAGCACUCAAGUUGCAUUAUACACGCCGCAUUCGUCAGAUCACAGCAGCCGUUUCACGUUAUCUACAUCGAUUUUCCUAUCAUUCCCACCUAAGAGAGCUUGUUGUUCAUUGCCACAACUGGGAGAGCAUGUACAAUGUGAUCGACGCAAUCCAUCACCUUGGCCAACUUGAGAGUUUGGAGGUCAACUGUACAAGGAAGCAGCGUUCUUUUGAAAGCCAUUACUAUCCAAUUGUAAGACUUGCUCAUGGACUUCCCAAAGGAUGUCCUCGUUUGUCCCGCCUUGAAAUCAUCGGCAUGAUGGCGCCACCAUCCACCGGUGCAAUUAACGCCUUGAAAGAACUUGAGCAUUUGGAAGAAUUUGCGUUUUCAAUCAUCGACACAUAUUGCAAGGACGAUUUUUGGCAAGCACUCCAAACGCUUGAGCAAUUAAAACGUCUUCGGAUCUAUCAUGCGAAAGCCGGCAACAUGGAUGGAAUUCGGCGUCUCCAAGGACAACGACCUCACUUAAAGAUCGUCGUCCAUACAUGUUCAAACUCCUCUGAUUGUUCUGAAGAUUCUGAUAGUUCUGGAUAA